AUGCAAGUACCGUGUGCUAGCGUACUCUACCUGAAUUGGAGGGACGAAUUCGAAAGCAGCGCCAAGGACACAGCUGUGGUGAUGAGUGUCAUGGGGUGCUUGUCGUUGUUUUGUUGUCUACCGGGCGGCGUGCUGACGAAACGCUACGGCUGCCGAUUUUCAGGGAUGCUUGGGGGCGCCCUUUGCUCAUUGGGGUUCCUCUGCGGCCACUGGGCCAGCAAUCUCGUCUAUCUGUACAUCGCUGCCGCCAUUUUAGGGAUCGGGGCUGGCCUUGUCUACAACUCCACAAUGGUUGCAGUUGCCCAACAUUUCAAAAAGCACUACAAGGCAGCGAACUCUGUCGCCUAUGCUGGGUUUGGAACGGGCUCUAUGGCUGCCCCGCCGGUCGUGCAACUCCUCCUCGGUAGCUUCGGAUGGAGAGGUGCGAUGCUGGUGACCUCUGCUUUUGCCGCGAACAUGGUCCCACUCUGCGCGUUCUUUCGUCCUCCCGACCCACUGGACAGGUCUAGGCUGGAGCCUGGGCCAAGCGGCGAUGAGCUACAUCACCGUCGAGGUGCGGAGGAAGACGUGCCGAGUCUGGGUGAAGACGGUGUGUCCGAUGCCGGGAAAGAGUGCAGUGUGAGCCUGACUGCACAGGAUGGGAACAACGACAGCGAGAGGACGGGGCGUUCGUACUUCCCACACAUAAUGAGAGAGGGGAGGAUCACCAGGAUGUGCCAAGGGGCAGUCACCGGUCUUGGUCUGGACACGUUACUAAAAAGCUACCGCUUCACAUUGCUGUGCAUCGUGGAAUUCGAAAUCACCCUAGCUUACAUGGCCUUUGUUCAAUUCGCCAUUCCACGGGCCGAGGGGAUAGGGGUGGAGCCCUCUAGCGCUGCGUUCCUACUCAGUAUCGCCGGCAUCGGUAGCCUCCUGGGUCGCCUUGGCAACGGGCUGAUGCUGGUCUCGAGGAUGUCGGUGGAAUGCGUUGCUGGCCUCUGCGUGGUCACGGCCGGCGCCUCAAUUUUCUUGAUGAACGUAGACAGCUACGCCUCGCUGGCCGUGGCGUCAUUCACCCAGGGCUUCACAUGCGGGGCCUUAUUUACGAUUGGGAACGUCCUCGUCCGGCGUUAUGUCGGUCUGAGGAGUUUCCCAAUUUGCAUUGGGCUGUACAAUGCCUUUGCUGGUGGUAUCGGGUCUUUGCUCGGACCAUUUAUAGCAGGUUGGCUGCUUGAUUUGACCAGUUCCUAUGAGAUCGUCUUCUAUUUCAUGGGCGGAGUUUACCUGGCAACGGCGCCGCAGUUUCUCCUGUUUCCUCUGCUGAAGAGGGUGGAGCCUGGGGUGGACACUACGACAUCAGCACCAGAUCUGGGCACCCACCCCGGUUUGUAAACGAGGGUCUUACAUCAAAGUGCCCACGGGCGAAGCAUGCCGGCAAUAUAUUAUAAUAGGCACCCGUACUGCAAAACGGCUUCAGCAGCAUUACGUUGGCCCACAGGCACAAAGGUCAAGUAAAGAGAAGCCGGUCAAGCUUGUAUAGCGUGGAGUCGUUGGUAUAGCACAGAGGAUGUCAGUUGCUCGAAGCCCGAGGUGUCUUUUCAUGCCUCUUUUCCCCGUCAGAUUUGUUUCCUGUUGGAAAAGAUCAUUCUCCUAAUGUACCUAACGUAAUAUCCACCCAGAGGCAAACUUUUGCACAUCAAAAGACGACAUAUGCAUAACAGCUAGGAAGUCAACAUGACAGACUCACCCGCGCUACCACAGGUCUAGCCGGUACAUGUACCGGUGCUGCCUGGUCUGAUAUAAAGUCAAAGAAAUUUGGAAUGCUCUUGAUGGGAUUUGGAACCAAUGCAUAAUCCUCAAAGCAAGCCGCAUCCCAACCGGGAAACAGCUAGCCCUUUCAUUCCUACACUUCACCCAGAGCAACAUCCCCCUCACAAGAAGCUUCCAUCUUUGUCAGUUGGUGUGGAGGUACCGAAAUCACGGCUACACUUGAAGCUUUUGUUGUGACUGCUUGGCGGCAUAUGCAGAAGUAGAUAAGGUCUCCACUGCAAACCAUUGUACAGGGUCGACGCCAACAACUUUAGUAUGCCUGAAGUAGCUUUCUGUGAAUACACUUAACUUAAAUUUUACCAAACAUUGUCCACGCAAAACUGGGAAGACUCGAGCUACCCAGUGCCACGUUGACGGACACAGACUAAUGCACAGGCGCAGGCGCAGGCGCCGCG